UGGAGAAGGCAGUCAGAAUUCUGGGGGGCUAUGUUCAAUGGGAAUAACGAAGAAACCAUAUAAAUACAUGGAGUGUGGAAAGAGAAAGAAGAAACAAUUAGAAAGUAUGGAGUGUGGAAAGAGCUUCACUGAUAGUGGAAAACUUAGAAUUCAUCAACGGACUCACACUGGGGGGGAACCAUUUGAAUGUAUGGAGUGUGGAAAGAGCUUCACUGAGAGUGGAACACUUAGAAAUCAUCAACGGACUCACACAGGGGAGAAACCAUUUGAAUGUAUGGAGUGUGGAAAGAGCUUCACUGAGAGUGGAACACUUAGAAAUCAUCAACGGACUCACACAGGGGAGAAACCAUUUAAAUGUAUGGAGUGUGGAAAGAGCUUCACUGAGAGUGGAACACUUAGAAAUCAUCAACGGACUCACACGGGGGAGAAACCAUUUAAAUGUAUGGAGUGUGGAAAGAGCUAUAGUCAGAGUGGACACCUUACAAUUCAUCAAAGGAUUCACACGGGUGAGAAACCAUUUGAAUGUAUGGAGUGUGGAAAGAGCUUCACUGAUAGUGGAAAACUUAGAAUUCAUCAACGGAGUCACACGGGGGAGAAACCAUUUCAAUGUAUGGAGUGUGGAAAGAGCUUCACUGAGAGUGGAACACUUAGAAUUCAUCAAAGGACUCACACGGGUGAAAAACCAUUUGAAUGUAUGGAGUGUGGAAAGAACUUCAGUCGGAAUGGAACACUUAGAAUUCAUCAACGGACUCACACAGGGGAGAAACCAUUUGAAUGUAUGGAGUGUGGAAAGAGCUUCACUGAGAGUGGAAAACUUAGAAUUCAUCAACGGACUCACACAGGGGAGAAACCAUUUAAAUGUAUGGAGUGUGGAAAGAGCUUCACUGAGAGUGGAAACCUUAGAAUUCAUGAACGGAGUCACACAGGGGAGAAACCAUUUAAAUGCAUUGAAUGUGGAAAGAGCUUCACUGAUAGUGGAAAACUUAGAAUUCAUGAACGGAGUCACACAGGGGAGAAACCAUUUAAAUGCAUGGAAUGUGGAAAGAGCUUCACUGAGAUCAGCCACCUUACUUCACAUAUGAGAACCCACACCGGGGAGAAACCAUAUAAAUGCUUGGAAUGUGGAAAGAGCUUCAGACAGGGUUCACACCUUACUUCACAUAAGAGAGCUCACACUGGUGAGAAGCCAUAUAAAUGCUUUGAGUGUGGGAAGAGCUUCAGUCAGAGUUCACACCUUACUGUGCAUGAGCGAAUCCAUACAGGGGAAAAACCAUAUACGUGUGUGACAUGUGGAAAGAGCUUUAGUAACCACACAUACCUUGUAAGCCAUCGCAGAAUCCAUACAGGAGAGAAGCCAUAUAAGUGUUUUGAGUGUGGGAAGAGCUUCAACCAGGAUACAGCCCUUCAUAUACAUCAAAAAAUUCACAGAGGUGAAAAACCGUAUGCAUGUUUGGAGUGUGGAAAGAGCUUCACCCAAAGCUCAACCUUUGCAUGUCAUCAAAGAAUUCACACAGGGAUGAAACCAUAUACCUGUUUGGAGUGUGGAAAGAGCUUCACCCAAAGCUCAAGCCUUACAGUACAUAAAAAAAUUCACACAGGGGAGAAACCAUAUAAAUGUUUGGAGUGUGGAAAGAGAUUUGCACAUGGGUCUAGCUUUAGUUAUCAUAAAAGAACUCACAUGGGAUAAACCAUAUAUAUGCUUGGAAUGUGGGGAAAGAUUUGGUCAGAUUUCACAACUCAUUUUGCCUAAGUGAAUCAAGAGGAAAGAAAUAUUUAGAUGCUUGUAAUGUGAAAAGCAUUUCAAUUAGACCACCGCUGUUGCUAAACUUCAUGGAAUUCGUAGAAGAAUUCUCAUGGGAGAAAUCAUAUACACCUGCUGUCAUGAGGGUGCUGUCAAGUGCUCACAGGGCUAGCUGCCUGGUGAAAUCAGUGGUGUGGAGAACUUUUGCUUAUUUCAUUUAAAUCAACAACAAAAAUCAAAUAUAGUUUUCCAUUUAUAAAUGUCUCCUUUAUAUUCAUGAACACUUUUUUACAUUUCAGUUAUUGCCAAGUCCAUAUAGUUAGAUUAUUUCUGUGCUUUUAUCAUUUUCUGUAAGUUUUAUUAAGGUUUAUAAGAGAAAAUACAAAACCUGAUAUAUUUUCACAUUUCUUAACCAAACCAAGACUUUUAUAUAAAUACGAUAAGGACACAGAAAGGGGGAGGAAUAAAGAAGGGAAAAGAAAGAAAUGUUUUAAAGAAUAGAAAAGAAGUUAAAAAACAAAGUUCGAUGAAUAAGAUUCAGAAAGAAAACUUCUGAUUCUUCAUCUCUUCGUCAUACAAAACAAUAUUUACUUCGUCCAAUAGACUAUAAACCCCACAAAGCCAUUUUUUAUAAACAAACAUUAUCUUCAAUCCUCAAAUCCAGAUGUCUUUUUUUAUACAAAAAGUCU